UGGUUAUCACUUCAUUUCCAUUUCUUGAUAAAAUUUCAAAAUAAUGUUACAAUUAACAUAAUACGAUAAUGCUAAAUUAAUAGACCCAAUUGAAAGACAAUGUCUUAGUUUUGAGUUUGGUGGCAGACUCCUAGCUUUCUUUUACCAACACGAUGUCAAUAAUAUAUUAUAUCGUCACACCACUAAACAAAAUGUGAAGUAAUAAACAAAUUUUAUUUUUUAAAUACUAUAGUGUAUAUAAGUGAUUUUAUAAAUUUGUGUGCAUCACCAUUUUCUAUCAUCAUUUCGCCGUUGUUUUCUCUCUAUAGUAACGUGUAGUAUUGAUCUAUAAAUCUCUCUCUUUCUCUCUGCGCGUUUCACCCUUUAUAGAAAAAAACCAGUGAAUCAUCAUCAUCAUCUUCUUCCUUCUUUCUUCUCCAAAAACAGAUUUCCGACCAAACUUGAUCUGUUCUGUCCAAAGCUUAUUCAUGGCGGAAGAACAUCGAUGCCAAACGCCGGAAGGCCACCGUCUCUGCGUUAACAACUGCGGUUUCUCCGGUAACUCAGCCACCAUGAAUCUCUGCUCCAACUGCUACGGCGAUCUUUGCCUCAACCAACCACAACAAACCUCCACCAAACCAACCGUCGAAUCCUCUCUCCCCGCCGCAUCGGAGAUCAUCGAGUCCGUCUCAUCAACGUCUUCAACGGCGGAGAAAAAAAUUCCGGUGAUUCAGACGGCGACGGAGGAGAAGCAGGAGGAGCCACCGCAACGGCCUAACCGAUGCACGGUGUGCAGAAAACGGGUCGGUUUGACAGGAUUCAUGUGCCGGUGCGGGACGACUUUCUGUGGGACCCACAGGUAUCCGGAGGUUCACGGAUGCACGUUCGAUUUCAAAUCGGUGGGGCGCGAAGAGAUCGCGAAGGCUAAUCCUUUGGUCAUUGCCGCGAAGCUUCAGAAGAUAUGAUCUGAGCCGUUCGUUGGGUUGACUUUUCUUCUCCUCUCUCUCUCCCCGCGUUUACCGAGACAAAACCUUUAUUAUGCUCUCUCGGUGUAUCUCAGCCGUUCAUUAUGUUCAAAAAUUAUAUGUGUUGCGGACACGUGUUAUGCGAUUAAAGGUUGAGAUGGUUGUUACGUUACUACAUUCACCUUCCAAUUAUUUUCCUUUUCUUCCGAAAAUAAUUUAAGUUAUUAUAAUUGUGUGGAAAAAAGAUUUUCUGGUGGGAGAAAAAGAAAAGAAAAUAUAUAAAGUUGUGUGUCUCGGUUUUUAUUUUUACUAGAUCCUUUCCCGGGCUACGCCCGGAUUUAUUUUCAUUGAUUUGUUAUUUAUUGUAAAAUAUUAUGUUAUAUAUUUAAAAUUUUGUUAUUUGGGACAGUGUACUCUGAUAAAUAUUUACUUAUUUAACACAAAUGAAAAUGGUACAACUAAGAAUUUAAGUAAUAUAAACACAAUUCUUUUUCUUUGAUUUCCUUGAUGCCAUGUUAAAAUUCACAUAACUCUAAUGUGAACUAUUUUCAUAUAUCCAAUGUUUGUUUAAUGAUGUCCAUGAUUUUUUUCUUUGAAACUUCCAUGACAUCUAUUGAGACGUCGAAAUCAAAUUUUAUUGAGGAUUUCAAGGUGAAAAGGAAUUUUCCUGCAGUGUUUGUUAAAUAGUUACAAUUAAACAUUGCUUAUUGUUAUUUAAUAAACCAAAUGUUUUAUUUUUAAUUGAGGCCAUGUGAAUGGAAUAUAGAUGUUGAAGGCAAUAAAACCUUUGGCAUCAACAUCUUUUAUAUGUGAGAGUUGUAUAUUUAGAUUUGAUAGUUAUCUAUUUAUUAUUUAUUUUAUAUUACAUUUUUUUUUUGUUUCUUGUCUUAUUAUUGUAUAGUUGUUUUAAAUGAUUUAUUGUAUAUGUAUUUAAAACCUGUAUCACUAAAAUGUAAGUUAUGCUGUAUCAAAAAUAUUUUUGUUCUU